UUUGCAAUCCGCAAUCUCUUUCACUGAGUUACCGGCUCGAGAACAACAGUGAAUUGCUUUCUGUGCUGUGGAUCCAUCACUGACGCAGCGUCAGGGACACAGAAGCAAUAAUCAUUCUGAGCAGGACAUGCACUGGGAAGUAACAAAGAGCUGUCCAUUGGUCUGAUAACACAGCUAAAAACAAAUACCACGCUUAUUCGUUGUCCGAGUUACUGAAUUUAAGGACUGUGCUAGCGAACGUUUUAUUUGGAAGCCACCUACAAGCAUUUAUUUAUUUUAUUUUCUGGGGAACCAACUGUACGUUUGGAGGGACAUGGAGCGAAUUGUUAAAUAUUAUCAGCCAGUAAGAAGAAAGAGGACACGAUGAAAUCCUUUUACUUACCUGUAUGGGGGUGGGGGCACAAUUCUGUAUAACUGUCAACGCCGAUUAAAAUAACAGAAAAAGCUUAUUGGAAACAGUAAAUAUUUGAAAGAUGAACACGGGGCUUCUGUUCCUGACCCAAAUGUAGCAAAAGCAUGUCAAUACUGAGUCACAUUUAUCUGUGAUAAUUGACAGUUGUAAGAGUCCUUUUAAACCAUCCAUUCAUUUGGUGAUUUCCCCCACACUGAUUUCUUAAAACAAACUUUAUUUAUUUUAUUACUGUUCUGAAAUAUCUAUGCAUUCAUAAUGGCUGCAGUAGAAAUCAAAGGCUCUAGCAUUGACUUACCAAAAGAUCCUCGGGAGCAAAGCUUGGAGGAACAUCACCUCCAAGAACCAUGUAGUAACCUCAAGUCCAAAAGUUUACCUGUUCUAAAUGGAUGCUGGAGGCAAGACUGUGGGGACUCAGUAUCAAAAGUAAUAAACACUACAUGGACAUCCCUAAACCUAGACCAGAGCACUUUGUUCAGUGAAAUGCAAGGGAAAGCUGAUUCCAUACAGACUGGGUUCUCGCCCUCCAAAUCCAGUAAUUUAGGGAUAAGCAAUGCUGCAAGGACUGACUGUAACAAUGUGAAAAGCAAAAGUAAUGGGUUUUCACCUUUGAAAAUGAUCAGUUUUCCAGGUAAAAAGUAUAUCAGUGUGUUUCUAUCAGAUUCCCGUUGUUUCUUGAUUUGUAUGAGCUUUUUGACAUUUAUCCAGUCGCUGAUGGUGUCUGGCUUCCUAAGCAGUGUGAUUACCACCAUCGAGAAGAGGUACAGUUUAAGGAGCUCCGAAUCGGGGCUCUUGGUAAGCUGCUUUGACAUUGGCAGUCUGUUGGUGGUAGUCUUCAUCAGUUAUUUUGGAGGCAGAGGACGAAGGCCACGCUGGCUGGCUGUGGGGGGAGUUUUUAUCGCCAUUGGAGCUGCCAUGUUCUCCUUACCUCAUUUCAUCUCCCCACCCUAUCAAAUUCAGGAGAUUAACUCCUCCACUAACAAUGAGGGCUUGUGCCUGAAUUUUAAUGGGACUGGUAAAGACCUGCUGGAGACGUCAGCCUGUCCCAGGGAGCAGGCUGGAAAUGACCACUCUCUGUAUGUGGCUCUCUUCGUCUGUGCCCAGAUCCUUAUCGGAAUGGGAUCAACCCCCAUCUACACCCUCGGCCCAACCUACCUUGAUGACAACGUCAAGAAAGAAAAUGCAUCGUUGUAUUUAGCCAUCAUGUAUGUGAUGGGGGCUCUGGGUCCUGCCGCGGGUUACCUGCUCGGUGGGGUUCUGAUCGGGUUCUACGUAGAUCCCAAAACCAUUGUGAACAUUGACCAGAGUGAUCCCCGCUUUGUUGGCAACUGGUGGAGUGGCUUUCUCCUUUGUUCUAUAGCCAUGCUGCUGGUGAUAUUCCCCAUGUUCACAUUCCCCAAGAAGCUCCCACCCCGUCAAAAGAAGAAGAAAAAGAAAAUGAGCCUGAACGAUAUCUGUAGCGACGAUGACGUCAUGAAGAAGAAAUCCAACAGCAAGGGGCAAGUGGUCACCUCUUCCUUGGGAUUCGGAAAGGAAAUUAAAGACAUACCCAGAGCAGCUGUCAGGAUCUUAAGCAAUAUGACAUUCCUGUUUGUGAGCUUGUCAUACACAGCUGAGAGUGCCAUUGUCACUGCCUUUAUUACCUUCAUCCCCAAGUUCAUCGAGUCUCAGUUUGGCAUCCCAGCAUCCAAUGCAAGCAUAUACACUGGGGUGGUUAUAGUGCCCAGUGCUGGUGUAGGCAUUGUCCUUGGAGGCUACAUUAUCAAAAAGCUGAAACUGGGUGCUAGAGAGUCUGCUAAGCUGGCCAUGAUCUGCAGUGGCGUGUCUUUGCUGUGUUUCUCCACACUCUUCAUCGUUGGUUGUGAAAGCAUUAACCUCGGAGGCAUCAAUAUACCAUAUACCACAGGAAACGAAGAGGCUGUUUAUUUAGCCACCCUCUUUGUGUUUGUUUCCAGUCCCACUCUAACCAUGGCACACAGGAAUCUGACGGGCAGCUGCAAUGUGAACUGCGGAUGCAAAAUACACGAGUAUGCACCUGUCUGUGGAUCAGACGGCAUCACCUACUUCAACCCUUGUCUGGCCGGCUGCACCAGUGUGGGAAACGAUAGCACGGGAAUAAGGAACUACACAGACUGCGCUUGUGUGCAGAGUAGGCAGGUGAUUACACCUCCUACAGAUGGGCAGAGGAGCCAAUUGAGAUUGGUUAUAGUGAAAACCUAUCUGAAUGAGAAUGGCUAUGCUGUAUCUGGCAAGUGCAACCGCACCUGCAAUACCCUCAUACCUUUCCUCAUAUUUCUGUUCAUCGUCACCCUCAUUACCGCCUGUGCACAGCCAUCAGCACUAAUUGUAACACUCAGGUCAGUGGAUGAACAAGAGAGACCGUUUGCACUAGGAAUGCAGUUUGUUCUUCUGCGAACUCUUGCCUACAUUCCCACACCGAUCUAUUUCGGCGCGGUCAUUGACACCACCUGCAUGCUCUGGCAACAAGACUGUGGCGUCCACGGCUCCUGCUGGGAAUAUGACGUCACUUCCUUGCGUUUUGUCUACUUCGGGCUAGCAGCCAGCCUCAAGUGUGUGGCCUUCAUCUUCAUCUUCUUGACGUGGUACUCCAUUAAAUACAAAGAAGAUAGACUCCAGAGAUGGAUACAGAGAGCCUCGCCGGUAAGCACAGUCAGCGAGAUAGUGGGAAAAGCAGGGGCCCAGCAAAGCUGUGCACGGGCUCGAUCCUGCCCUACCUUCAGCAGGGCUGAACAUACUGAAGAAAUGACACUGAAGAGAGGGGGCGGCAGCCAGAGCCACCCUGGCCAUUCACUGGAAGCAAUAAACAGAUCUGAAAGGGCACUGGAAGAAGACACUGCUAAGAUCUAGCGCAAAUCUCUUCUGCUUCACCGACAAUUCAGUUUGUGUUUUAAGUUUACUAUGGCUCCCACAAAAUAUUUCCAGUUUGAAAACCUGUGCCUUCCUUUUUUCUUUCAUUUAAACAAGUUGUAUGCUGACCACCAGUCUU